GACUGUCUCUGAGACUGUCCACGGGGACAGGACUGUCUCUGAGACUGUCCACGGGGACAGGACUGUCUCUGAGACAUGAGGGAUGUCUCUGGUGGCUUGACCUAAACAUUGAGUUCCAACCUGAAGCUUUUUCAUGUGACAUACAGAUUCCAGACCAGGUCCCAGAGAAAACUCUUUGACCCAAGAACUUCCCUCAUCCUGGAGAUCUCCUCCAGGGACUCCCAGAUGUCCCCAGGCCAACUCAGACACAGUCUGUCCAACAAGGCUCAAGCAGCUGGUGUCUAUUCCCUGCUGUCAUUGAGCAAGACAUAGGGGACACCUAGACAAGUCUCCAUCCAGUCCAUCACAGGGACAGUCUGGACAGGUCUCCAGUCCAUCACAGGGACAGAUGUCUAAACCCCAGCCAGGCUGAGAACCUGAGACCUCUCUGCUGUGAGACAACAGCUCCAGCCACUGCACCACCCUGCCUGGUGGAUAUUGAACUAAAACCAGCAGGUUUUAUUUUGAAACAAAAAGACGUUUUUAACUCUCUUCAGCUCUGAUUCAUUUCAUCUUCUGGUCCUCAGUCCUAAGACCACAGGAGAGGUUAGACCAGCAGGUUCCUUUCUAGAGCAUUGUCCAGACUGGAGAGAUGUUCCUGCAGGGCAACAUCCCCACCWUGUUGGUCCAGCAACCUUCUUACAUCUGCCACCAACAUGUGGACCCCAGGCUAGGUCCCCUAGAACACACCUGCCUCUGCUCACACAUCCAUUGCUGUUAGGUUUGAGAGGGAGAGAUAGAAAAGCUUGGAAAGGCAGAAGAAAGUUUGAGACAAACCCAACAUGAGGUUUAAGGGUGAAUUGGACCACCACAURUAAUUUAAACUGGUAGAAGCUGAAGGAACAAACUUUCACACAAAGAUCUGACUUUGUUACAAAAAGCUGUCAGCAGCAGGACUUGUUACAGACCGGUCUCAGCUAAUUCAGUCCAUCUUCUGUCCCUCAGCUCCAUAAAUGUUUCUGACUGGACCGUGAUAUUUGGUCAUCUGAAUCUGAAUGGAUCAAGCCCCUCUGAGAUGUCCUUCAGUGUGAUGAAAAUCAUCAUGAGCAACCAGACAGAGCCCAACAURGUGGUUCUCCAGCUGUCAACCAAACCCACCCUGAGCAACUACAUCCAGCCCAUCUGUCUGGACUUCCGAAGAAACUUCUCUGAAGGAUCCAUCUGCUGGACUGUUGGUUGGAGCUCUGAUCAAGCACCAGUUCUGAAGCAGUACCAGACCUCGAUGGUGAACUGUGGCAACACAUCACAACCAGGAAGUAUCUGUACCCAACAGGUGACCCUGGGGCAGGGUGACUCCGGAAAUCCCUUAAUGUGUGAAAGUGUCGGGGCCUGGUUCCAGGUGGUCGUGGUCCCAGACAUCAGUGCGUCCAUCAGAGGACGGGAUGCUCAGAUGGUCUUUACUAAAUUGAACCAUUUUGAGAGAUUCCUGAAUACAGCACUGGGAGGGUUCUUGUCUCCACCUUCCAUCAACACAUUGUCCAACACCAACAGCAURGUCACCAGCCAACCCUCCAACCCAGCUGUCAACAUGACAACUGCAGGAAGCUCACCUUCAUUCUUCUCCUUCUACCUGUUCGUCCACCUUCUCACCUGCAUUUCAUGUGUCCAAGCCUUCAUARAAACAGGUUCCUGUGGUCUGAUGUCCAUGAAGAUGAAAUGUUUGAACUCUGUCAGCUGAACUCUUGUCUCUGGCUGAGGUUAAACUCAGAUUUGAAACCUCAGGUCCCACCCUGAAGACAUUUAGUACAACUGGACCAGGUCCCAUCCUGAGGACAUUUACUGGACCAGGUCCCAUCCUGAGGACAUUUACUGGACCAGGUCCCAUCCUGAGGACAUUUACUGGACCAGGUCCCAUCCUGAGGACAUUUACAGGACCAGGUCCCAUCCUGAGGACAUUUACUGGACCAGGUCCCAUCCUGAGGACAUUUACAGGACCAGGUCCCAUCCUGAGGACAUUUACUGGACCAGGUCCCAUCCUGAGGACAUUUACAGGACCAGGUCCCAUCCUGAGGACAUUUACUGGACCAGGUCCCAUCCUGAGGACAUUUACAGGACCAGGUCCCAUCCUGAGGACAUUUACUGGACCAGGUCCCAUCCUGAGGACAUUUACAGGACCAGGUCCCAUCCUGAGGACAUUUACUGGACCAGGUCCCAUCCUGAGGACAUUUACAGGACCAGGUCCCACCCUGAAGACAUUUAUUACAACCAGACCAGGUC